UAUCAUUUGAAGUACUCAACGUCUCGUUCGGACCUUUCUUUGUACAGGCUGUUAUGAUCGCCGACCGGCAAAAACAAUGCUGUGAGUUUCGUGAUAGGAUUGAAUCACCUAACUGUUGAAUAGUAAACAUUAGUUGGAUGCUAGAAACAACGAUGGGCGGCGUGUUGUAGCCAUUGUUCGGCGUCCGGAUUUGUUUCUAUAUGAGUUAUUGCCCUAAUUCCAAAAAUGAAUUCGAUCUAGUGACAGUGAAAACCUCAGGUAUGGCUUCAGACUCUUGGAUUCCGGAUGGUGACUCCGACAUAGACGAAGAAAUUGCCGAUUUGAUUCAGAGGAAAACGUCGCCUAACAUUUCAAAGGCUGCGAUUUCGCGAAUAGCUUGCGCCUGCGGUCGCGUUACCGCCGUCUUUCCAAGAAUCGUCAACGUGUGCGCUACUCUGAUCGAAAGUUGGUACGCGAAAUAUGUGGCUCUGGAUGUCAACCGAGAGCCUCUCAUGCACGUCUGUAUACAACAGCUUAUCUUCUGGGUACAGGACAUACACGAAAAAUUGGCUCGAAAACAGUUAAUGCAUUUUGACCUGCAGGACAUGUUCAUAUCAAUGUUCGAACUUCAGGACAUCUGUUUGUAUGACAAGAUGAACUACCAAGUGGCUGAACUCUUCGGAUCACAUAUUCAACGGAUGUCUUUGUACUUCGCUGAAAUUGGAGCUCAACUCUCGAAGCUGGCUUGCGUGGAACCGUGUGACUAUAUCCGUAUAGGAGAUGAAGCCUUGGGUCGAAGUAUCAAUAAGACGGACAAUAUACCCAUAGUUUCAAUACCCACCGUGGACCAAUUAGAGACGGAGGGGUUUCUCGGGGCCGGGUCGUUUGGCGUAGUAUACAGAGCUCGAUAUGUGCCAGCAAAUAUGAAAUGUACGGUGAAAAUUGUGCCUGUAGAGUGUUUCAAGGCCACUGAACACGUCAUCGCAGACCGACUUGUCGCAUCAAUAAUCGAUCAUCCGUGUCUGAUUACGAUAUACGCAAUAUUCAGCGUGGAAAAUGCGUCCGUUUGUAUCACGGAGUUCUUCAAAGGAUCAGAUCUGCAAAGAGUGGUCGAAUCUACGCGAAACUUGCAUGUGGAAGAGUGUCGUCUAGUAUUUGCACAAAUGGUAGCCGGUUUAAUUCAUAUGCAUUACAAUGGCAUUAUGCAUCGUGAUAUUAAGGGAAGUAAUACCCUCGUGUCGCCGGACGGACGCAUAAAGCUAAUUGACUUCGAUACCAACAAGAUCUGUUUGGCGCAUUACCCAGCACGUAAGAUACCGUUGUUCUUUAAACGAACGGCCGCCGAGAUGAAUGACAAAGAGAAAGCAGGCACGUUGCCGUAUAUGGCCCCUGAGGUCAUUCGUUGGAAAGCCUAUGGCCGAGCUAUGGAUUGGUGGUCAAUGGGGAUUACACUUUAUAAGCUAUUAAUCGGUCGAGUUCCGUUCCAUGCGAACAAUACGGUCAAGCUUCGACAGGCGAUUUGUAUCAAUGACGUUGUGUUUCCUGAGUUUAAGCCGGCACGCGCUGGGCGCGUCCGUCCUGCUAUUGACAUUGUACGGCAAUUGCUCAAAAAGAAGCCAACAGAACGACUUGGAUCGGGAUUACAGGGAUACGAGGAAUUACUUCAUCACCCCUUCCUAUCGUGUGUAAACCUAGAAGAAGCAUUUUACACGCCUAAAGAAGAAUUGAAAGAAACAUUUGCGGACUUGUCUGUAAUGGAAACAGUGACAGAGCCGCCCGAUUACGUUCGAGGUGGGGGUCCAUACCUUCUAGAAGAGGCCGUGGAACGGUUAUUUCAGAGGCAUCUUAAACACACAAUGAGCGAACCCCCUAAGAAGCAAACAGCUUAUGUAUACUCUGAAAAAGAAGCUACUAUGCCUAAAGGAGAUAAGAUUCGAGAAGCUUUAGCUACGAAAAAAGUCCAGGCAACUGACGCGACUGUUCAAAAUAAAACUACCGUUCCAGGUAUCAUGCGUUCACGUUCGACCAUAGUUAGAGGCGGGCGUCCAAAAUGUAUUCAAAAAGGAAGAAAAAAAAAGGAUAGAGGAGGAAAAGUUAAUGUAAACAAAGACAAAAUCCAUUCUGGAAAGGCUGCCCCUCAGAACAAGAAUAACGAACCCGCAAAAAAAAAACAUCUAAUAAAAAUCUCUGAACUAAAAGAUUUGGUGGGCCGAGCGACACCCCUGCACACUUUUAUGUCAAACCGGAUGCGAGAAAUCUGCAGCAAGAAGGCAGCUCCCGAACUCAUACGUUAUGGAAAACUAAUUCGAAAAAUUACAUGCAACGCUCCUAACCAGGUAUUAGAGUUCAACAGGACAAGCUUUCUCGAGCAGCUGGAAGCGGAACGUCUCGAUAUUGUGCUACUUCGUACGCAGAUCGGUCCUCUAGGAUUCCGCCUGAAGGCUACAGCAAGUGAAUCCGGCCAGGCUUUUUACGUAGUCACCCGAAUUGAUGAUUCCGCAACUAAAUUUGGCUUAUUGGAGGGCGAUAUCGUGCUUGCUGUAAACGGUAUGACCAUUAUCGACCAGACGCCUUCGGCCGUAGCGACAAUGCUGGCAAAUAUUCAGCAAAGGCCUGUACCUGAUGAAACCAUUUUUACCGUACUUGCCUCAGGUGCCUUCAGGUUAUUCCAGAGCUGGAUUAACUUCCGGAUGAUACUCAACUAUUUCAAGAAAAUCAGUGUUAACAUUCCGUCUAGAAAAAAUUUUGCUGGCGGUGGGCCAUGUAGCCCGCUGGUCACCUUGGAGCGGUCGUAUUUUGACAGCAAGCACGAAUGCUUUGUCCCGGUGCACCUCCUACUGGAAACAGGUGCACCCUGGGCUUCAAAGGCGGGAGUAUAUUCCGGCGAUAUCCUACUAACGGUUAAUGGACUUCCCACAAAGGAUUUUACGAAUGAAACAUUACACCACUCACUAAACGAGUGGGGCAUUUCUCGAGUCCUUGGCAUUGUCCCUAUAUCUUGUUUGAGGCGCAAGCGACCUAUAAUGGAUCGGCUACUGCGAAUAUACGACGCAGACAGCGGCGCAGACGUACUGCAUGAAGACCCAAUCAUUAGGCCUGUCGUUUACUACGGCACGCACCGUCAGAACGUCGAGCGUCAACGACGAAGUCGUCACGAAGGAAGUGAGCCUGUGCAUUCACCAUCUCUUGACGAUAAUAAUGACAAUUUACCUGAGAGGAGCAAAGCAUGUGAGAGGAGUGAAGUGCAAGAUUCCUCAGCAAGUGAAGCUGGUUCAAACCGAACCGAUGCACUAUCAGCUCAGUACCCAACGAAACAGACCAACAGGUAUGUUCCCCGACAAGAACCGAAAGGUCACUGGCUGCCAGCACGUAACAACCCCAAACGGCAAUAAAAUUAGUGGACGUAAACCAAAGCGCCGGGAGGAUGAUUAAUCUGGAUGCGAAUCAAAAGCCAGUAGUGCUAACGUUAGUGGAAAUGUCGCAGGAGAUGCCCGACAGACCGCUAGGCAGCGACGAAAGUAUAGUUGUCUAUGUAUGUGGUACUAUGGGUCGCCUUUCGAAGUUCGAUUUAUGAAAUGACAAAUCGGUAAGGUGGCCGUAUCCAUUGCUAAUAAAGCGAUAAUAGGUGAAAAAACCUGCGAACUCGCUAGUCA